AUGGCUGAAGUACAACUUCCAGCCGCGGAGUCCCAAGCGUUUCAGAUCAAUCUAGACCAGUGGCCAGAGUACGAUGGAUACACGGGGCUCGGAGACAGAGAGAUUCGAGUCAUUGAUGUUGAAGCUGGAGAUCCGCCCAUGUGCCGCAUUCGACACGUCAGCUUGGAUGAAAAGCCGCAUUAUCACGCGUUAUCGUACUACUGGGGCGCGCCGGUCACCCCAGAAAAUCUCAAAGCAGUUGAACUGAAUGGCUCGCGUGUGUUCGUACGGCCCAACAUAUAUUCAUUCAUCUGGCACAUGAGCAGGUAUUACCAGGCAGUGACGGUGUGGCUCGAUGUUCUCUCCAUCAAUCAGAGAGAUGCGGAAGAGCGAAAUCGGCAGGUUUCAUUGAUGGGCAGUAUCUUCACCUCUGCAGCCCGUGUCUAUGCGUGGCUCGGUGAGGGUGAUGCCGACAGUGACUACGCGUUCGAUUAUAUCAAUAGCAGCAAUCCCAAAAAGGAGACGGUCUACAGCCGUCCAAUAUUGUCGGCAUGUUUCGAACAACUCGCGAUGCGUCCCUAUUGGACGAGAAUAUGGGUGCUCCAAGAGAUUGCACUUGCGACAAGCGUGCUCAUCAUGUGCGGCACCAAAUUGAGCCACUGGGAUGAUUUCAGCCGUUCAAUUGAGGGGGACGUUGCCGAAAGAGCGCCUCACUGUCUGCAAGUCAUGAAUCUACGAAACCGCGGAUGCAAAGAUCGACACUUGCUUGAACUCAUGGAAACCUUCAAGUCUGCACGGUGUAUUGACCCCCGGGACAAGGCCUAUGGAGUUCGUGCACUUGCGACAAAUGGCCACUGUCUAGAUAUCGACUACAGCGAAUCGGUGGGAAGUCUGUUCUUUCGGAUUGCUUCCCUGUACCCGGAUACAGCCUUCCUCAGCUGGAUGGAUCUUAGAGUUAUCGAACGUAGCAGUAAGUCGCUUCUGGGGUCUCUGUCGCUCUCCCAGAGGGACUUGGUUGUGGGUUUGGCAGGAUCGAAAGCGGAUAGGUUCCGUUAUUGGACCGAGAUCUAUGGGCGGGUUGAGACGGUCUACGAGCUUCACCAGGUUGAUGACACGGGAAUCUCGGUCCUUCCAGCUACUAGACUAGAGGUCAAGUUGAGCUUGGGGAGGCGGAAGCGGAAUCCUGUGUGGUAUCUAUAUGGGGGCCCAAAUAUCCUCCCAGGCGAUCUCGUCUGCUCCUUCAUUAGCUGGGACCUGGGCCAGAAUUCGCUGAUGCUCGUCAUUCGUCCUGGCAAACCCGGUAUAAUGGGCAUCGCGACGUUUCAUGUAGCACCGCAUGCCGAGGAUCCGUAUACGCUUCACUUUCAACGACUUCAAACUAGACUGGUCAAUGGGGUGACAGUAUGCCGCGGGGACGGCAGGAAAGUGGAUGGCUCAUGGCAUCAGACUUUCCACAUCAAUCGGCUUGUAUGGUCUUUGAUCUUGGCCAACCAAACCCGGAACUUGGACAUAUGGGCAGCGGAUGUUGACCCGCGACUCCAGAGAAGACCUGUAUGUGAUUGUCAGCACAAAACAUCGCUGUGGGAGAAGUGGGGGAGGGAAGCAGAAGAGGAGGACAGUGAAGAGGAGGGCACGUCAGAGGAGGAUACGGAGGAGUUUUUAUUCGUACCCUAG